GCAGUCUGAUCAACUAGUACAAUUAGAGGCUUUGUGCUUGGAUAUCUGCAUUUGUUCUUUUUAUGCCGUUUUCCACCCCUCCUAUCGGCUUGCAGCUCAGACUCCAGCGUCUACACUCAAUAGCCCUCUGUAUGGGACACAGAAUAGGGACUGUACAGCCUCUCUCUCCUCCCUCCUUUCCCCUCGCUCCUCCUCCUCCUCUUUCACGCUCACUGACAAGUGCGAGUCCCUUGACAGAAACCCUGACGUCACAGCAGGCUAAAUGAGCCUCCCUGCAGAGCUUUAUUCAGCAAGAUCAGUUUUGGAAUUGAAAGUUGAGGGGAGGCGGCAGGGCAGCUCACAAGCAUCAGGUGUGCAUACGGAGAGAAAGAGGAGAAGAGGAACAGCAGCCAGUAUGAAUGAGCAGCUCAGUGCUGGACAUGCGAUAAGGGGAGCGCGGGACUGUGCCAGGUCUGUAACAGUAUGUGUAUGUCAAGAUCAGAUGUAAGAAACAGAGGAGAAGAAGUUCAACUUUAAUCAGUUAUCUGGAACAUGAUCGUCUAAACAAUGCAGUUCUGCAAGGAAACGCUUCCACUGAACUUCCUCUGGAUUUAUGCAUGAGGGAUGGCUCAGCGGAAACACCGACACAGAAGGAAUUAAACAAUGAGAGUCCUUUCUUGUGACCAGGUAUUUUGCUAAAAACUGAAGUCUGUAAUGGCAGCUCUACACACAGGAGUUCUCACAGAACUGACAUCAGAUGGACCAUAAUUUAAGGUACUCAGGGAUGUGAACCCACUGUGCUUUGGACACAUUUUCACAGUCAUCCUCCUCCACUUGCCUGUCCACCUCAAAAACCCUUUUAAACACAGGGUGUAGUUAAAAUUGUAUGGUGAGCUACAAAAUGACAUACUUACGAGUUGGAAAUGACCAACCUUGUGUUUCUCAGCUGGCCAAAAAAAUAAAUAAUGCACCAUCAUGGAAAGUGAUAUUGCAUCCCCCCUGCAGACUGCAGUAAGACGAGCCGCCUGCUGAGUCAGCUACAUAACGAACAAGUUCAGUGUUUUUUUUAAAUCAUGGUGUAUUUUACAAUUUUCAAUUUAGAAUUUCUUAUUUUUUUGUAUUGCGGUGGCGCUCACUUUACUCCUUCUGCUUGCUACUUCAACAACAAAAUUUCCUUUUGGGAAUUAACUAAGCAUUUCUAUUCUAUUCAGUUCUAUUCUAUUCUAGAAAUAGCAUGUUUUACAUCGAAGUUAAAGUUGUUUUUUAAUUUAAUUUUAUUUUAAAGCAUCAUAUUUUUGUCAUGGGCUACAACGAUUAGAGUCAUUAUAUUAAUAUGCUACUUCCUCAAUAGGAGCGACUGUAUGUAGUUGGAGAAAUUAUGUGCAUACAUCAACAUAUGCAAGCAGAAAAAAAGCAAUUGGAAAAUACAAGCAAAAAUCAAAUAUUCUGCAUACAGUAUUCAGAUCCUUUUCUUGAAUAAAAGUACACUUAUGCUACAAUGUAAAAGUCCUCUCCUAUUCCAGUGGAAGUUGUUACUAGCAAACAAAGCAUCAAAGGUAAAAGUACUUCAUUUAUUCGGCAUAAAAAACAGAUAAAUGGAUGGUUUCAAAUUAAAACGGCUCUCUUUCCUGUUUGUUUUGUAGUUGAUCAAGGUGGAGAUGGCUGUAAAUUCUAUCCAAAUUAAUACCACCACAUAGAUUGAUCUCCUCCUCCUCCCUGUGACAGGUUUUUGCAGUGUGCUGUUUACAUGUGUUCAUGAUUUUCUGUCCACUCCUGUGGAAAGCAGAGAACAAAGAUUGUAAUCUGUGGAGUCACUUUACAAUUAAAUUCCAAUAUACCUAUCUAAAUAAAUCAUUCAAAGCCUUGUCAGCAGAGAACAGUGACGAAACGGUUACAUCAUGGAAGUCUUUGCUUUCUUGUAACUUGAGAAUAGCAUUAAAAAAAGAAAGUCUGGGCAGAGAACAGGCAGGAAAUGCAUACCAGGGUGAUCAUGAAUAAUACAAUGAUAAUGAAUGAGAGGUUUGUUCUCUGUUUUUCAGAAAAUCUUUGAUUCUGCUGGACCAUGACUGGCAAGCAAAUGAGGCAGUGGAAGUCCAUGUGCAAAGGCCUGGUCCUGGGAACUCUCCUGACCAGCUGCAUGAUUCUUCUUUACUGCCUCUCCACUCCACAGGCCCACAUCACUCUGCCUGAGGUUCCAGUUCCUUACUCCUGUGCCCACCGUUCAUCCCAGCUCCACUCCAAAUCAACCAUCAACAGUUCCCAAGGGAACUCUGGCCAAAACUGUGCUGCUAAAGUCGAUAUUAUGUUCAUGAAGACCCACAAAACAGCCAGCAGCACUUUCCUCAAUAUACUUUUCCGCUUUGGAGAGAAACAUCAGCUGAAAUUUGCUUUCCCUGACAGCAGAAAUGAUUUCUUCUAUCCUUCUUUUUUCGAGCGCUCCCAGGUUAAAGACUACAAACCUGGAAUGUGCUUCAAUAUUAUCUGUAAUCACAUGCGCUUCAAUGAACCUGAAUUGGCCAAGUUGCUACCAAUGGACACAUCCUACAUCACUAUUCUGCGAGACCCCGCUGAGCUUUUUGAGUCAUCCUUCCACUACUUUGGCCGGCUGGUGCCUUUUACCUGGAAGAUACCAGGUGAUGACAAGCUGACCGAGUUCCUACUUGACCCCAGUAAGUACUUUGAUCCAGACAGCUACAACUCUUUCUACCUCAAGAAUCUGCUGUUCUUUGACUUUGGACAGGACAACACUCUGGAGCUGGACGAUCCGCGGGUAGAAGAAGGAAUCAAACUCAUCACUGACCGUUUUCAGCUUGUCAUGUUGGUGGAACAUUUUGAGGAAUCGCUAAUUCUGCUCAAGGACGCCCUCUGCUGGGAAAUGGAUGACCUGCUCUUCUUUAAGCUCAAUGCCCGUAAGGGAUCCACUGUGUCUAAACUCACCCCUGAGCUGAGGGCCAGGUCCCUUGAGUGGAAUGCUAUUGACUGGAAGCUUUACCAGCAUUUUAACCAAACGUUUUGGAAAAAAGUAGACACAUAUGGACGACAACGUAUGGCUGAGGACGUGGCGGAGCUCAGGCAGAGGAACAAAGAGAUGGCAUCCAUCUGCAUUGAGGGGGGUCAUGCUGUGGAAGCUGGCAACAUCCAAGAAACAGACAUGCAGCCCUGGCAGCCAAUCGGAGAGAAGUCUAUCAUGGGCUAUAACUUGAAGAAGAACUUGGACAAAGCACACCAGAAGUUGUGCCGCAAGAUGUUGAUGCCAGAGAUUCAGUACCUAUCAGAGCUUGGGGUGAACCUGUGGAUCACCAAGCUGUGGGGCCAUGUCCGAGAUAUCAUCAACUGGUGACUAGACAUGUGAGCAAGAGGGGCCAAUUCAACUCUGAAAGACUGCAUUCAAACAAGACAGCUGUGACUGUGUGGCUUAAAGACUGAGGGUUGAACAGUUUCUGUCUCAUUCCUUGUCUCAUUUUGUUGAAAUGUAUCGAGAUUCACUUGUUUGCAUUAUAUAUGAAUAUGCACUGUAAUCGAUCUGAUGGGUGCUUUAGAGAAAAAAAAGUAUAUUGUUGACCUCACAAUCUACAAAUACUGAACCAGUUUACUACAUCCAGAUGAGGUUUAGUGUUGUUGUCUGUUUUUGAGUCCAUUUUCAAACUUUAAAAUGUUCUUACAUUCAGAUGUGAGCUUGUUCUAAUGGAGCAGUUGGACGAACGAUGAAGUUCAGGACUAAUUAUUUAAGCCUUUUAAUGGAAUACGGAACCAUUGUUGCCAUCCCUGACAAAUUUUGAAGAUACUCUGAAGACACUGAAAGAAUGUGUCGAUUUGAAAUAAAUAAUGUCACUUGAGCUUUGAUAUCUGUACGCCAAAGCUCAAGUUUGAAGCGACUGAUUCAAUUCUAAAUGUAAAAAUACAGAUGUCAAAAUGGUGAAUGUAUUACAUCCCACUUUACACUCUAUGGAGGACAAAAUCGGCCUUAGUUUGAAAAAAUAGGUCACCAAAUACAAACCUUUGUAAUAGCAUUUACAUUUACAUGAGAAAAACACACAAUCACUCUUUUUCAGCGCCCCACAUCUGCUACGUCUAAAUAAAAUGUAGUCAUUAUUAAUGCUAUUAAUUAAAAAUGUGCUUUUCCUGCAGUGGCAUGUUAACCUUUCUGUCACAAAACAUGUGUGAUGAAGUACAUGCAAAGAAAUUACUAAUUUAAAAGCAAAGGAGAAAAAAAUACUGUCUGUGAUUCUUUACAUUGCUUGUCAUUUUGAUUAACCUAUGAUGUAUGUUGACUUCUCUGCUAUAUAAUGUGAAAAUUGUUUUUGUGCUCCAGGGGACUUUGCAUUUGUAGCCAAGUCUCCUCUUUCUGCUGAUUUCACAAAUGGUUAUUCUUAAACAACUGAUGCUGUUGGCACUCGUCUUGGCAGGCACAUUGACAGUGUGGUGGGACUUGCACAGUGGGCCAAAAAGUAAAAUCAUUGUCAGCCAAGUGAGGUAAAUGCAUAUCUUCUAUGACAGUGACUAACAGUGUUAAACACCACCUACAUGUGUUUACACAGCCUCGCUCUCAUAACCUGCAGUAGGAAAAGGAAUUCAGUUAUAAGCUAUAAUAUUUUUCCUGUCAAUGCACCACACCCGUCACUUCUUUCACAUGUUAUUUAUUCUUUAUUUUUAUGCAUUUAGUGUUUAGUUCACGGUGUUUUGUAUUUAAUAUUAGAUUCUGUUGUUGUUGUAUAUAUCUGGUUUUUACCGAUUUUGUCCUCCAUACAAUUCCCCACUGCUACCAGCAAUUUAUGAUAAUCUUAAUGAAGUGAAAUGCAAUAUUGCAUGAAAAAGACCAAUUCAGAGAGUUUUCAGCUUCCUCUCUAUCUGUGACUGUUUCAUCUUUGUUAUUGUAUGUAUAAUUAGUAGUAAGAUUGUUCCGGGUUUUAUUGUGUAUGAAUGUAUAUGACCUCCCAAUGUCUUUGAAUAAUCUGAAAACAAUUUUUUGUUGAGUUAAAUCACAAGUUCCUAAUCUGGUGUUGGCAGUGGUUAUUAGGAAUGAAUAAUAUAAGUGAAGAUUGUUGGGUUAAAAUGAACUUAGGUUGCAGAUAACAGACCAAAGUGACAGCAGUUCUCCACUGACCCAUUAAAGUAUUUCUUGUUUAUCAGUGUUAUAAAAUCCUAAUUAUAUCCACUAUGAUUUACUGUUGUAAAAAUAAAACAUGGAAAAUCUAA